CCCGGGGCGCCUCCGUUCUCUCCUCCACUGACCCGUCCGGGGACGGCUCUGCUGGGCGCCGAGGCGGACUCUUCUCCAAAAGCGCCAGGAAGGGACCUGCUUCGGCAGAGGAGGGGGCAAAAUGUCUCAGGAGGCGUAUUCCUAUGACGUCCCCUACACUGGUGUCGACUUCAAUGACAUGGAUGACGAUGCGUCCGUCGGCGUUGACGCUUGGUUUGACAUCCGAGCUUCCCCUCUGCGUACCCCAAAAGAAAAGAUGGCAGCUGGCUUCCACAAGAAGGCAUCGGCCUCGAGGGCCAACAUCCCACACGCUAUUGUUUCGCCAAUGAUAAAGUCCAGUGGAAACUGCAGUGAAGGCAUGGAGGUGGAACACGGAGCCCCGCCGAAUGUGGUGGGCUCUUUGGCUGCGUGGCACAGCACCUCCACGGAGGCAGCAGCCCCCGCGAGGGACCCGGGGAGGGUGGCCAGAAGGCUGUCGGCCCAGCGCAAGAGUGCCCAGCGCAGGCUCGUGGCCAAGAGCCAGGCGGAGAGAGGUGCUGCCGCCGCAGCGGACAAGCAAGAGCCCCCGCCGCCCAAGAAACAGAAAACGUCUAAUAACAGCCGAGAGAAGCUGAGUGAAAUUUCCUUGAACUGGGAUGUCACCCCAGCGAAGGCGCCCGUCACACCUGCAGCACCAGAGAAGCAGAACCUGCCUGCCAAGGGGAAGUCCACGGAGGAGCUGGAGCUGGAGAAGAUGCAGCAGUCGCAGCGAGAGGUGGCGGAGAUGCGCAGGAAGAACGAGGAGUCCCUAAAGGCCGCCCUCGCUGGGCCAGGAGGGCCGUCUGUGAAACCAGUAAGCCACAUCACCAAGCCGGUGGACUUCCACUUCUGCACAGACGACAGGAUUAAACUGCAUGCAGGGGACACCCGGCCUUGCACGGAUUAUAAGGAGGUGGAUUUCACGGCGAUCCUCAGGAAGCACCCCCCAUCUCCGGUCCGAGCACCAAAGGGACCCACGAUCCCAAAGCCCUUCAAGUUAUCCCAGGGCAACAAAAGGAAAAUUGAGGACGUUGCCACCGAAUACGUGUCCUUGGCUCAGCAGGUGCAAAACUUCCAGAGACGCACUCCGUCGCGCUACCACCUGCGAAACCGGAAGGAGGAGGAAGGAACGGCAGGCCCGGCUCAGAGCAGGCCCGUGAAGCCCCCGCUGACCCACCCGCGGACUCCCUGCCUGGAGACCAAGAACCGCCUGAGGCCCGUGACCUGCAAGAGCAGUGCCGAGCUGGAGGCGGAGGAGGUCGCCCGGCUGCAGCAGUACAAGUUCAAAGCUCAAGGACUCAACCCCCGGAUUUUGGAAGGCGGGCCCAUCUUGCCCAAGAAGCCCCCGGUGAAGGAGCCCACGAAGCCCAUCGGCUUCAACCUGGAAACAGAGAAGCGCAUUCAGGAGCGCGAGAACAAGAAGCCGCAGGAGGAGUCCUUCACGUUCCACUCGAGGCCGUGCCCAACCAAGAUCCUGGAGGACGUGGUGGGCGUUCCGGAGAAGAAGCUGCUCCCCAUCACCGUUCCCAAGUCCCCCGCCUUCGCCCUGAAGAACAGGGUCGGCGCCCUGGCUCGCGAGGAGGAGAAGGACAAGGAAGAGGAAGCACCUCCCGUGAUUAAAGCCAAGCCGAUGCCGCACUUUGGAGUGCCCUACAAGCCGAAAGCUGCGGAGCCGAGGCAGGUGGAGAUGUGCCCCUUUUCCUUCGACUCCCGGGACAAAGAGCGGAUGCAGCUGAAGGAGAAGAAGAUUGAAGAGCUGAAGAAAGAAGAGGUGCCCAAGUUCAAAGCACUCCCCCUGCCUCAGUUCGACCACGUCAGCUUGCCGGAGAAGAAGGUGAAGAGCCCCACCAAACCAGAGCCCUUCCAGCUGGCCAUCGACGUGCGCGGGGCCGCGCGGCACGAGAUGUGGCAGCAGCAGGUCAAGGAAGAGAUGAAGCGGCAGAAGGAAGCCGCCUUUUUCAAGGCACAGCCCAGCACCGUGGUGCACCAAGAGCCCUUCGUGCCGAGGAAGGAUACCAAGCCGCUCGCAGAGGGCCUUUCUGGUUCCGCAGCUCCCGAAAACUUUGAGCUGGCCACGGAACGGCGUGCCCGAGAGAGGCAGGAGUUCGAGAGCCGGCUGGCGGAGCUUGAAGGGGAGAAGGCGAGACUCCAGGAGGCGGCGAGGCGUGCGGAGGAGGAGCGUGCGAGGGAGGAAUUGGCCAGGCUCAGAGACGAGCUGGUACACAAAGCCAAGCCCAUCCGCAGGUACCAGAACGUGGAGGUCAAGCCCAGCGAGAAGCCCCUGACUGUGCCCAAGUCGCCCAACUUCUCUGACCGAUUUCAGCGCUGACGUGAGACCACGUGGAGAGGCGAUCUGUCCACGGGCACAACGGAAAGUGAGAUCUCGUCUCCGCCUCUGAGGCGCUUCCUCGCACUGGCCACACUGACUUUCUCAAACUCCGGCUCAAUGGUGUGUGUUGUAGUUUAAUUUUGCAAGGCAAAGGACUGGACUUAGUUCCAACUUUUUCUCACUUUCAGAGCCCACUUGUAAUUUUUAGCAGCUUUGUCUUUUUCAGGUGGGCCUGUUUGUAUGUACACCAAUAAACUAUUGUAUACUUGAGAAAAAUCAAA